UGUGGGUUGUGGGUUUAAUGUUGCAGUUUAUUUAUUCAGUUCUCUUGCAUCUAUGUUGAUUCUGUACUGUGGAUACCAGUUCUACAGGGCUUACACUGACAGAGUUUGAAAUAAUACAACAAAGCCUUCUUUUCUUAAUUUAGGUAGGAUCUUCCCAAAAAGACCUGAGCAAACUGAGUGCUGACGCAUGGACUUUUAAGAUCUCACAGACUGAAGCUGGAGCACAUAAGACAGGAAACAGACUUCAAAUAGAAAGUAGAGAUGCAGAAUCAGUGUACUAUAAAAGUGAGAGCAGAGCAGUGCUGUGGGGUGCACAAAAAAAGACUGGAGCUGUUUUGUCAGGAGGAUGAGGCCUUUAUUUGUGUCCUUUGUGCUCCCAGACAUUCCAGCCACAGUUUUCUGUCCCUGCAUGAGGCACUCAGUGUGUAUAAGGACAAGCUAAAAACAGCCUUAUCAUCCCUGGAAUUAAAAGUCAGGCAUCAUAAAGAUCUGCAGAAAUUACAUGAGAAGGAACUCCUGGACAUACAUGAUGAUGCUUAUAGUUUGGAAAAAUACAUCAUAGAAGAGUUUACAAAACUGCACCUGUUACUACAUGACUGGGAGCAAAAAUUACUGCAACAGCUUAAAAACAACAAAGUGGCAGUUCUGAAACAGAAGGAAGACAACCUUGAAUGUACAAAAUGUGAUGCUGUGGUCACCAGUGUGAAAGUACCCAAUGGCAGCUUGGAGUUCAGGAAGGAAAUAACACUGACUGUGGAAGAGAUGAAAGAAAAUGCUGAAAACCUUAAAAAUUAUGUUACUGCAACAUGUAAAGCAUUGUAUGAUAAGCUGGAGCCUGUAAAACUGGAAACUGUUGGUUUUCUAACUGCUCCAGAAACCUUUGAGGAUGUUGCUGUCACUUUCUCAGAAGAAGAGUGGAAGAUGUUAAGAAAACAAGACAAGGAGCUUCACAGAGAAGUGAUGGUGCAGAACUAUGAAACACUGAUUUCAGUAGGAUACAAAGUCCCUCCUGAUAAAUUGUUGUUGCUGCUUAAAGAUGCUCAUGAUAAACUGUUAAAUGAUGACGUAGAGGGUAACAACACAGAACAGAAGGAGAAUCCUGAAGAUAAGCUCAACAGUUUCAGGAACAGAGACCGCAGUGUGUUUUGCAAUCAGCAGCCAUCACUUGGGACAUCCCAUCCUCAAGAGAACCUACAGCAGUCUGAUGAGCCUGGGAAGGAUUACAAGAAACUUCAUCUUUCUCCUGGUUUGCAGCAUCACUUGGGUCAUAACUGGAUCAAGAGCUCUGAAUGUGGCAGUGCAACAUCCUCAUUGCAUCACUCUAGACAGAAAUCACAGCAGGGUGCGCAGCCUGUGAACAGGUACAACAGGGUUCAUCUAACUACUGCCCCAGAGUUUCAUUUAGGAUGUAACUGUAGCAGCAACCCUAAGGGUAACAGUGAACCCCCCCUUAUACAGCAUUGUGCCCAGCAUGUGUUGGACACUGACAGGCAUCUUCCCCCUGUUGUACCACAGCACCAGUCUGGACAUAAUUGCAGCAAGAGGUCUGAAUGCUAUACAUGUCUUAGUAAAAAGAAAAGUGCAGUGAUUUAUCAGACAUGUCACAAAGGAGAGAAGUCAUAUAAACGCACUGAAUACAAUAAGCAGUUUAUGUGUCAAAGUCAGCCUGUCCACACAGUGGAUACUCACACAUGGGGAAAAAGAUAUAGCUGUCCAAAAUGCAGUAAGUGUUUUGCACAUAAGUAUCUACUCAGAAAUCAUCAAAACGUUCACACAGGUGUGAAGCCGUAUAAAUGUGCUGAAUGUACUAAGUGCUUUGGAUGGAAAAAGAACCUUGUAGCUCAUCAACAAAUUCACACAGCAGGAAAAUUGAAGCAACAAGAAAAUAUCAACUUGUGGGAGGAAUGUGACAGAACUUUAACAUGAGGGAGUUAUCAACUUGUGGGAGGAAUGUGACAGAACUUUAACAUGAGCGAGUUUGCAACUAUCUGGCACUAGAUGAACAUUUAGAAAUACAGCAUGAGGAAAUGAGAACAGACUGUAGUAAAGAAUAUUUUAGAGGACUAAAACUAACUUUGAAAACUGCCUUCACAUCUAGGAAUAAAAUUUAAGGUAUAAAUCGCCUUGAUCUUCCUAUUGUUAAUUAUAGAUUAGUCAUGAUUUACAUAUUUAUGUUGCUGAUUUUUACAAUAUUACUAUAUUAAUGUCUGUUCAUGUUAAAGUUUUAUUUACAUUGCUACAUAGGAGACUAUUAAUUUUUUUAUUAAUUAAUGGAUUAAUUGACUAUGUCAUUUUAUAUAUAGGAAGGAAGUGAUGUAAGAUGUUCGUUUGGUCUGAAGAGGCAUCUUGUUUGAUGUGAAAGUGCUAACCUUUAUUAAAUUGUGUUUUAUUACCUCUGUCCUGUUUCUUCGCAACAUUUUUUACUUUGAUACUUGGAUUUUGAUUUUGGUGUAGCUGAAGUUUAUCCACAGUGGCAUCUUUUUAUAUCUUUGUAUUCUUGUUUUGUUGGUGGUUAUACUGUGGAGCAUGGUAGAAGGUAACCAGAUAGAUUUGGAUUGCAUACCAAAAACUAGUGGAAUUAAUAAUGGAAUUUCAACUACAAGUCUAGAAAAACUAUUCCAUAUGGAGAAGAAUCCGUUGUUAGCCUAUGAGAUUUCACAGGAUGAAAAAAUAAGAAGUGAACAGGUACAGUUUGAAAAGCUAUUUUGUAAAAAUAUACAUGAACUUGAGAAUGACUUGCAUAAAUAUAAAAAAUUACAAUCGCAAAGACUGCAUUUUGAAGCCUGCCUCUCGCAUAGAAUCAUUCCAAGGGGUCUGAGGAUCCUUUAAUAUGCCAGCAUCAGGGAAUACAUAUCCUGAUCCCCUGAAGCGCUGGCAAAAACUGAACCUUGAGACAAGCUCUAAAUAUCUUGCUUUGUUUUCAACCCAUGGAAGAUACGUUAUUGCAAGAUAUUUAUCAGAAACAGUCAAUGCUAUAUAAUAUGGUACCAGUGACUAUUUUUGACAAAGCAUUAGCAAGUGUUUGUGACAAUGUGACUUCAUUUGAACAUCAUCUUAUUGUCACAAAGAAGAAAAAACUAGACAGAGACUUAGAGAUUUCUCUAUGGCCACGUACUUAUGCCAGUAUAGUCACUGAAGGUAAUCAGAGUUCAGCUCUCUGGUAACAGAAACUCAAUUUAAACAUUGGAACUGUUACAAGGAGAAUUGCAGGCUCAGCCAUUAGAGAUACCCAUGCAGGUGAACUCGGUGACUGAGAAUCAAAGUUCACAAUCUAGUAUUACUUUAAGUAAUAUUAUUACUACAACACAAAUCAAUUCAACUGAAGAACAACCAGUGGUAAGGAGAAAAGAAAAAGAAAACAAAUGAAUGGGUCACAGUUUUUUUCAUCUCCCCCUCUUCCGAUUCACAUAAUGGAAGCUACCGGACGGAAUCAUUCAGUGAGCAGAGGAAGAAAAUGGAGACUUCAAUCGUGACAACGCAACUCAAAUCAAAGCAUAAAAUGAAUGUGGGAACAGCGGACAUGCAUUAAUUUUUAAUUUAUUCAAGGGAAAGCUUAUGGUGCAACAAGAAGCUUUAUUACAAUGAGGACUUAACAUUUAUACCAGCUUCUACAACAGAGUAUGUUACCACGAUGUUGGACAUUAAAGAAUUUGCACGGAAUGUCAUGCUUAAGGUACUGUUUAAAAACAAGCAAGUUAAUAGUAGUUUUAAGAAGCCCAGUACUUUCAUUCCUGAACUAAAUGCAGCACUUGACACUUUUUGGAACAUCUGUGAAGUUUAAUUAAAACGUUUAGUUGAGUGUAAAAGUCAUCAACAUAGUAAACAAUUCUAUAAUUUAAGUAAUGAAGAAUAUAAAGUGUUAACUGAUUUAAUGGAUGAUGUUAACAUAACUGUCCGGCUAGCCGAUAAGGGAGGAGAGAUUGUUAUUUUUGAUUCUGACCAAUAUGUUACAGAUAUGAAGGAUAUGUUGAAUAACACUGAAGUUUAUAAAAUAAUAACACUUAAUGAUAUUGAUUUAUUUUGUUGUCCGGUAUACAAGUCACUAUUUGACUGUUACCUUACCAAUCUUAUUUUUAAGCAAUUAUUUGAUUAUUUAGUGGUAAAUUAUCCAGUUGUACCUAUAAUUCAAGGCCAUCCCAAAUUGCAUAAAAAUGAAUAUAAUCCACCACUAAGACCUAUAGUGGCUGGCCAAGGGUGGCUGACUCAAUCAUUAUCUAUUUAUGUAGAAAAAAAAUCUAAAACCUAUAAUAGAUAAAGCACCACAGAUAUUGCAUGAUACCAUGCAUUUUGUUAAAGACUUGUAUAGUUCUGUUGUAGGUCAGGAUUCUGAACUUGUUGAUAGCUUUUUAGUAACCCUAGAUGUCAAUUCUUUGUUUACGGUGAUACUGCAUUCUUAUGGGAUUGAAGCAGUGAAAUGUUAUUUACUGAAAAAUCAAGCUUAUGAAGACCACCAACAUAGAUUUUUAUGUAUGUUACUUGAAUUAAUUUUAGAAAACAAUGUUUUUCUAUUUCAUAAUUCUUAUUACUUAGUUAUUUGGCAUAGCUAUGGGCACCCCGUGUGCCAAUAGCUACGCCAGUAUGGUUUUAGCUCAUUGGGAGAAGGUGUUUAUUUUGAAUAAUACAGAUUUUGUUGGAUAUAUUUAUUUAUAUAAAAGAUCCAUAGAUGAUUUGGUGUUAAUUUGGACAGGUUCAUUAGAAUUAUUACAUCGAUUUUUGAUGUUUAUUGACACUACUACGAUUUUUUUAACGUUUACACAUUCUACUGCAUAUAGUCGAGUUGAUUAUUUAGACAUUACUAUUAAAAAAGAUGUAAACUGUUACUUUACUACAGAGUUAUAUAAGAAGUCUUGUUGUAGAAAUGUUUUAUCUAUUGAUAGUAUGCAUCCUUUGCACAUGUAUAAAAAUAUAAUAAAGGGUCAAGGUAUGCGAAUUUCGAGAUUGAACAAGGAUGAUGAGAAAUUUCAAGGUGACAUUGAUAUUUUUAAAAAUGAACUGAUAAAACAUAAAUAUAGUAAAAAAGAGGUAGAUAUGGGUAGUAAUGAAGUUGUAACUCUUAAGAAAUACUAGAGCCAAACCAAAUAUGUCUGAAGAUAAUUUUAUUGAUCGAGCUGUGUCAGAUAGUAAUUAUAAUGAUGGUACUGUAGCAGUUAGACUUUAGUCUUCUAGUAAUAUUAAUAAGGUAUGUUAGAUAAUUAAAAAUUGGUUUAUAUUACAGUCAGAUAAAGAUAUACAAGACGUAGUUGUACAAAGAUCAAGGUUUGGAUAUAAAAAGAAAAAUUUAAAAAGAUUAUGUAAUACUAAUAACAAACAUACUAAAAAGUUAGUGAGUUGGAAUUGUUUACCAUGUGGUUGUGGUGCCCUAGCUGCUCAGAACAUUUUUAUUCAUUCUAAAACUCAUAGGAAGUAUACAUUUAAAGUAACAGCUAGCUGUACCACUAGAAAUUUGAUUUAUUUAGCAGUAUGCAACGUCUGCAACUCAUUCUAUGUUGGUAUGACUAACUGCUCCCUAAGAGAACGUGUAAGGAAACAUCUGUUAGCAAUGAAAAAUGAAGAUAUAGAGAGAAGUGCAUUAGCUAAGCAUGCAGUUUUAUUUGAUACACCCCAUGAUUUUAGUUUUAGAGUAAUUGAAUGUAUAGAUCUAGGUCCUAGGUUGGGUGAUGUAAAAAAUUUUACCGAGCUAAGAGAAUUGAAAUGGAUACUUCUGCUACAGGCAGAUCUCCCCCCUGGACUUAAUGAAGCCCUAUCUUAAAGCAAGACCUUUAAAAUAAACUAAAUAUAUUUAUGUUACUGAUCUUUACAAUAUUACUUUAUUAAUGUCUGUUCAUGUUAAAGUUUUAUAUAUAUUGCUACAUAGAAUAUUUGUUAAUUGUUUUAUUGAUGGAUUAAUUGCCAUAUACAGGAAGUGAUGUAAGAUGUUCAUUUGGUCUGAAGAAGCAUCUUGUUUGAUGUGAAAGCACUAACCUUU